CUAGAAACCCGUUCUCUGACUGAUUACGGAAGUCUAAUUUUUAAUCGGAUUUUAGAGUUGUAGCCUAAUCUGGAACCAUCCAGAAACGUUCCUGCUGCCUCUUUUCAAAAGUUCUAUUUUUUCUAAAGCUUCCCUGAGAUGGAAUUGUAUCCUGCAUACAAAUGAAAAGCCCAUAAGAGACAGUAAGGUUUAUGGAGGAAAAGGCCGCAAUGCCACAGCUCUCUCUUUGCACCAGGAACUGGCUCCAGUGUCGAAAUAUUGUGCUGAACAUGCUAGCAUCAGACUGAUAUAUCAUGGAUCCUGAGGAGUUAGAACUGCAGAAUGACUACCGUUAUCGUAGCUAUGCGGUGGUCAUUGAGAAGGCACUGCGAAACUUUGAGUCCUCGAGUGAGUGGGCAGAUCUCAUCUCCUCCCUGGGCAAACUCAAUAAGGCUCUGCAGAGUAACCUUCGCUACUCCCUACUCCCCAAAAGGCUGAUCAUAGGGAAGCGUCUCGCCCAGUGCCUGCACCCUGCUCUGCCGAGCGGAGUACACCUCAAGGCUCUGGAGACCUACGAAGUCAUUUUCAAAAUCAUUGGAACAAAAUGGCUGGCCAAGGAUCUUUUUAUUUACAGCUCAGGAUUGUUCCCGCUGUUGGGCCAUGCAGCCAUGGCAGUGAAGCCAAUGCUGCUGACACUGUAUGAGCGUUACUAUCUCCCGCUGCAGAGGGCUUUGCUGCCCAGUCUUCAGGCAUUCAUAACAGGACUACUACCAGGCCUGGAGGAGGGACUGGAGGUUUACGACAGAACUGAUGCCUUGCUGCUCAAGUUGUCACUGCUGGUGGGUCAGCAGGUGUUCUAUGGUGCACUGUGGGGCACUAUGCUGGUCACCCCCUUGGUGCGACUGCCUGCAUCGGUCUUUAUAGUCACACAUUUUGACUGCAUGGCGUCCCUGCGCCAGCAAACAUACAUGCUAGGCUAUGACCACCGACUGGUGAUUAAGUCGGUGUGUCUUUCUCUGCAAGAUUCAAAUGUCCUGGUGCAGAGGAACAUGCUUGAAAUCCUGCUCUACUUUUUUCCAUUUGCUACAUGCCUGGACCCAGUGGAGUCUGGUAUUGCCAUGAGUGGUAAAGACAUGAUAACAGUGGUGUCUGCCGCCUCGCUUACACUACUCCGCAGAGACAUGUCCCUCAACAGACGCCUCUACGCCUGGCUCCUAGGGACCGACAAAAAAGGAGGAAUGGUGGCGCCGCACCCCACCCUCUCCUCUACCACAGAGGAACAUACGUCCUUCUACUUCAACACCUACUCUAAAGAUUUCCUUGUGCAGGCUCUUAUUAACAUCCUCAAACAGAAGGAUGUGGAGAGCGAUCCGGAGAAUGUGAUUGGGUACCUCAGGCCCUUUCGCAUUAUCAUCAGUCUGUUGGAUAAACCGGAGAUAGGUCCAGUGGUUUUGAGCAGUUUGUUGUUGGAGGUGGUCCGAGCCUUCUACAGCUACUGUCUAGAGAUGCUGGGGGAGGAAACCAUCGCCAGCUCAGGGCUCUCAGGCAACCAGCUAGCCAUUAGGAUAAAAGAGAAUAAGAAUGCAUCGGAGAUCAUAAAGACGAUGAAUAUGCUUGUGAGCUCCAUGAACAGUGAAUACCUGUGGGAGUACAUGAUGCGACGCUUCUGCACUUCUCUCAGUGACAAAGGUGACCCACCAACGCCUCCUCGGCGGGACCGCUGUCACCCUGCUCCGUCUGUCACAGAGAUGUCCAAUCUCAUCAUUUUCCUACUUGACAUUCUCCCUCUGGAGCUCCAUGCUGACAUCCAGUCCCAGUUUCUCCCUGAGAUGUUGGGCACCAUGCUGGGGACCCUGCACAGCCACAUGGAAUUUGUUAGCCUGGAAGAUGUAACACAGGGUCUACGCGCCUGCUUUAAGGUUCUGAGUAAGAUCCAGAUGCCUGUGGCUUAUAUGGAUGUUGAGGCAGGGGCACAGACAGAGGACGUAGAGUUACAGUCACUGGAGGAGGAAAGCAAAAAGACUCAGGAUAUAGAGAAGGAAGGAGAGAAAGAAGUCAGUGUUAGCCAGGUUAAUGGUGACCAUGGAGAUGAAGAGCUGAACAGAGAUGGAGGAGAUGAAGCAGAACCUGCAGAUGGUAUAUAUCCAACACUCAGGUCCGAAGAUAGUGGAUUGGGCAUCAGCGCCUCACCGUCAGAGCAACAUCUCCUACCAGGGAUGGGGAUGGGCCAGGAGGGAAAUGGAAUAUGCAAAGAAGGCGAGGGAGUGUGGAGGAGAGGAGGCUGUGUAGACACCAUGACCCAGUGUCUGCAGGACAUCCUAGCCUUCAUAACCACAAGAUACCUGCUGGUGCAGGUGGAGGAUGUUGGAGGACCGGAGGAAAGACCCCAGUCUGACCUAACUGCUGCUUCUGUGGAUCAGAAGACAUUGUUGCCAGGCAUAGGGGGACGUGAAAUUAAAGACAAACUAACUGAACUGUUCACUCAGCACAAGCCUAAACCCUGCCCUACAUCUGACAGCCAGCUCUUAGCAGCCCCCACAGAGAAGAAAAAGGAGCGUGGGCGUGUAGGGUGUCUGAACUGGGCGGCUGGCUACAUGCCCCGGAGCAGGGCAGAGAUCUCUGAGGCCUGUCGACAGGCCUUCACCGCCACCUGCCACCUGCUGCUGGAGUGCACCACCUUCCCUGUCUACCUUAGUGAAGAGGAGACUCUGGUUCUCCACACAGACAUGUUUGGCAACACAGGUAGUGACGUCGACAGCCUGCCAGUGUGGAUUAGGUCCUUGAUGACACUGUGCUGCCUGUCCAGGGACUACAAUAUCCAGCACACUGCAGUGGCCUCCCUGUUGGAAUUCAUCAACCACUCCCAGUCCUUAGCACUGGUCAUCCAGGACAAGCACAGGCGCUACCAAAAAUCUGACUCCAACCCUCUGAGUGGGCGGCUGCAGAUGGUCACUGUGCCACCCAUCUACCCUGCUCUGCUUCGUGCCAUAGAGGAAGGCACAGAUUUCUAUCAGAGGGUGUCCCAGGUGCUGUGGAACCAGCUGGACACAGAGCGGAGAGAGCAGCACAUUUCCUGUGUGGAACUCUUUUACCGGCUUCACUGUUUGGCUCCAUCAGCCUCCAUCUGUGAAGACAUCAUCUGCCAGGCGCUACUGCACAAAGACAAGGCUGUUAGGCUGGAAGCACUACACCGCUUCACAGUUCUAUGGCACCUGACCCGGGAGAUCCAGACCAACAGGACCGUGUCUCGCAAUCGCUCCUUUGACCGGUCUCUGUGUGUUGUGGUGAAUAGUCUAAGCUGUACAGAUGGCUCAAUAAGUGCAGCAGCUCAGUGUUGGCUGGUCAGGGCUCUUUCCCUUAAUGACGUAAUUCGAAUCCUGGAGCCUAUUCUGUUGUUGCUGCUUCACCCCUCCACUCAGCGCUGCUCCAUUCAAAGCAUCAAACAAAAUCUCACUGCUGGUAAUCUGAAAGGUCUAAGCAUCAAAAGUCGAAGCUCCACCAAAACAUCUGGGACAUCUGCAGAUGCCAUGGCAACAGAGGUCACCAGCUUUAAUCUCAUGAACAUUGUGGACCGGGAAUCCCUGUGGGCAGAGUUAGACAGUGGCCCGGAGGUGGCCAAACCACCGGACACUUUAGUGAUAUCUAGGAGUGAGAGUGAAGCGACAGAAGAGGAAGAGGAUGGAGAGGAGGAGGAGGAAGAAGCCGAGAGUGAACACACUGAGUCAGCUGACACUAGUGGUGCCCAGGUAUCCACCGAGAACUCCAGCUCAGGCUCUGUCCCCUACCGCAGCAUUGAGGAAGGAGGCGUUGUCAACGGCCUGCGGAGGGCAGAGUCCGAGCACACACAGGCAUCUGAUUCACUGUCAAGUGAGGAUGAGGAGGAUUUAGAGCUGGAGGCCAUGGCCAGGUCUCGCCUGUUAAAACAGGAGCGUGAGAAGAGAGAGGCCAUCGACUCUCUGUUUCGCCAUGUGCUUCUGUAUCCUGUGGCAGACGGCUGGCGCCAUCUGCUCCAAGGCUUGGCACUGCUAGACAGCCUGCUGCGGAGCAAUGCUGAGUGCUUACUGGUGGAUGCCCUCUCCUACACUUCUCUGGACACAAGCUCGGCUGCACAUUUAAACCUGGUUUCCAACCUCUUGCAGCGCCACCAACAAGCUCAAGAUGGUCAGGGUUUCUACGGCGGCCUACUUUCUCCUUCAUCCUCCCCCUCUUUGCCCCCAUCCCUGCUCAUUGAACUGCUGGUGUCCUUGUGCCUGCGAUUCCUGCGCUCUCAAUACCCUUCCUAUCUGAGCCUGGGUCCUCUUGACCUGCAGGGAAACAGGGAGGUUCAGGUGAAGAGUGUGGAGGUGCUGACCCGAAUGGUGAAUCAACUUGGCUGUAUGGCACGGGGACAAGAGGGCAAUGGGGCCAGUCUGGAGCCUAUCCGCAGACUCCUCUCAGGAUGUAAAGUGCAGCAAUAUGCUCUGCUUACACUUUCUGCAUCCAUGUAUGUCAGCCAGAGGGGAACAGACAAGGGACCACCCAAGGGUCUGGAGCUGCUGGAUGAGCAGGGAUGCCUGUCAGAGGAGAGUCUGGUGAAUCUUGGAGCAGGAGGUGGACAGGAACAGUACCCCUUACAAAUGGAAUUACUGAAACUCCUCCAGGCUCUCAUAGUCCUGGAGUGCCAAGUGUGGCCUGGUGGGGCUGUCUCAGCAGCUGGUGCAGUUGGAGCAUCUGGCCAGACCGGGGAGCCUCGUGAAUCCCCAACUGCCACCACCCCCCUUGCUCGAGAGUGGCAAACGGCAGUUCUUUUCCAGCAGUCUAUCAAGGCAGCACAGUACGUCCAAAGCCACCCCAUCACAGCCCAGGGAAUGUUUGUUUCUGCCGCAGCCAGGGCUCUGCAGCCGCAGUACGGCUAUGCCAUGCACCCCCACUGGGUCUCACUGCUGUGCUCCUCUCUGCCAUACUUGGGUCGCUCAUUAGGCAUCAUUGUGGCUCCACUCAUCAGUCAGAUCUGCAGGAACUUGGACGAGCUGGUCAAGCUUUACGAGCAUGAUGGAGGAAAGACAAAUCAGAGCCUGAGUGGUAGGAGGGAAAACAUUGCUCCUGACUACCCUCUGACUUUGCUAGAAGGCCUGACCACCAUUACACACUAUUGUCUACUGGACAACAAGAGGUCCUUGGUUGCCUGUGAUCCUGUAGAUGUCCGUAAUGCACGCAACGCUGUGAUCGAGGCACUACCGCACAUGCUCAGUAGCAUGGCAUUGUUAUGGGGGGUGGUCAUGAGGGAAGAGCUUCAGAGGCGGGCAUCUGACACUGCACAGAGCAGCAGACACACUUCUAACUCUGUCUACUUUAAAAGCACCAAGAUCUUACGGCAGCGGAUACUGGAGUUCUUGGUCCCUCUAACUGGGCAGUAUGGGAUUCAGCUCAUGGCUUCACUGGGAGCAGUGUGGAGCACCAGGAAGAGUAAAAGGAGACAUAAAAACAAAGUUUUACCUGUGACCAGUGAGUCUCGUCUAACCAUUGUGGCUCUGGUGAAAUCAUUGCACACCUUGCACACAGAUGCCAUCCUACAAUUGGUCAAGGAGGUUGUGAAAAAACCACAUCAGAUCAAAGGAGAACAGAAGUCAACCCUGGUAGAUAUCCCCAUGUUACAGUUCAGCUACGCCUAUAUCCAAAGCAUUUCAGCUCAGACUCUGCAGGAAAACGUGGCUCCUCUCCUCUGUUUGCUACGGGAGUCUGUUCAGCUCAACCUAGCCCCGCCUGGGCACUUCUUGUUGCUGGGAAUACUGAAUGACAUUGUCAAUAGGCUUCCGAACCUGGACAAUAAGAAGGACACUCGAGAUCUGCAGGAGGUGACUCAGCGGAUCCUCGAGGCAGUGGGCGGGAUUGCAGGGUCAUCUCUGGAGCAGACCAGUUGGCUCAGCCGCAACCUUGAGGUCAAAGUUCAGCCACAGGUUUGCCCUGAGGCGGACGAACCAGAAGACGUAGACGUGGAUGGUGAUCAUUAUGAGUCAGUGGCUCAAGCUAGCACCAUGGUUUCCUCUUCGGCUCCCUCUGGUUACAGCGUGCAAGCUCUUGUACUCCUGGCUGAGGUCUUGGCACCUCUUCUGGACAUGGUAUACCGCAGUGAUGAAAAGGAGAAAGCCGUUCCUCUAAUUUCUCGGCUCAUGUACUAUGUUUUCCCCUACCUGAAGAACCACAGUGCCUACAACAUGCCCAGCUUUGAAGCGAGUGCUCAGCUGCUGAGCAGCCUGAGUGGGUAUGCCUAUACCAAAAGGGCUUGGAGGAAAGAGGUCUUUGAACUCUUCAUGGACCCCCUCUUCUUCACCAUGGCUGCCUCCUGUGCUCCCAGUUGGAAAUCCAUUAUUGACCACCUGCUGACUCAUGAGAAGACCAUGUUUAAAGACCUCAUGAGCAUGCAGAGUGGCUCCCUGAAGCUGUUUGCUAAUGUAGACCAGAAACCCAUGCUGCUGAAGCGCCAGGCAUUUGCCAUGUUCAGUGGAGAAGUUGACCAGUAUCAUCUGUAUCUGCCCUCCAUUCAAGAGCGUCUCACUGAGGCUUUGCGUAUGAACCCUAGCCCUGGUGUUUCAGCCCAGAUGUUCCUGAUGUUUCGUGUUCUCCUGUUGCGGAUUUCAUCCCAGCACCUCACAUCUCUUUGGCCAAUCAUGGUCACAGAACUGAUUCGCAUAUUGGCACGUCUAGAGAAAGCUCUGCAGUUAGAUAAAGAGGUCUCAAAGCUGGCUAAAGUGGUGCGGGGAGCCCUUGAUAGGAAUGGACCAGUGAAUUUCUCUCAGGCGGAGUUGGACAUGUACCUGUCAGCCUGCAAGUUUCUGGACGCCUCCCUGGCUUUUCCUCCAGAGAGAAUGCCACUCUUUCAGAUGUAUCGUUGGGCAUUUGUCCCUGAAGUGGAUGUGACCCGCUACGGUGGCCCAGAGAAUGCGCUGAUAGAAGGCGAGCAAGAAUGCACACCCCAUGUUGUCCGAGUACUGGAAGGGAUACAGCAGCGAUACAAGAUGCUGAAUGGGCUGAGUGAGGAAUCUUCCACAGAGCAUUUGACGUUCCCGCUCCUCACUCAACGCUCACUGUCCUCCAUCACCCAGCUGUUGCCUUUCCUUCACACCCUUUGCUGUUCUUUCCAGGGCCCUCCCACCAAUAGCCACUCUAUACCCCAUUUCCCAGUAGCAGACUACCCAGCAGCCAGUGCAGACACAGUCCUGAAGAGGCUGGAGUACAUCACUGAAGAAGAGUUCCUGGACUCCAUGGAGAGUUAGAACUCAAGCAUGAAGCGUUAAAGGACAAUUCCGGCGCAAAAUGAACCUAGGGGUUAAUAACAUAUGUGUACCCAGUCGAAUGUUCUCUGAGAUCUGUUUUUAAAUG